AAAAUAUAUAGAGCAAACUAGAAGCAAAUCUUUUUUCUUAAUAAGACGAAGACUUUGUCUUGCAGCAGGGGGGAGAACAACACGACCACGCUGUGGUGUUGGUGCAAAUUUUUAGCGGUUUCAACGACGUAGCUUUUACAGAGAAAAGUAUCUUCGUGCUCUAGUACAUUCCAAGAAAACAACAUCAAAAUGAAUUUCACCGCGGACUUCCUGUUCGCUCUGGUGAUGACCUCCGUCCUCCUGUGCGUCGACCUGUUCGUGGUUUUCGCGGCGGCGUACGACGCUGGUGAAGGACAAAAAUCUACGGCGGACAUCGCGGCGGAUGCGGAGUUUUUCAGCGAGCCGGCCGCGGAGGAUGGGACAGCUGCAGAUCAUAUGCAUCGCAAGAGGAUCGUGGUACUACGUAGUAGAAAUUGCAGUAUACAUUGGCUCAGCAUUACAGAUGGAAUUCGUCAAGCUGAUGUAGCUUGGGACAGAGAUUUUUCACACAUGAUUGGAUUGCUAAGGAUGCGAUGCUUUUGGUUUUGCACAUGAUAGCAGAGACGGUCCUGCAAAUGAAGCCGGCUGUCGCUGUACCAGCCGGCACUACUGCGCAGCAACUUUUACGAAUGGGAUGCGUCGGUGUAGACGAGGGCAGCGAGUACUUACUCUCAUUGUUACACAAACGCUGCGUUCGAUUCCAACACAGGAGGGAAUCAGUUGGGAGCUUGUUCGGCUGUUGUUUGAUGUUUUUCCAAAAGAUGAGUGCUUGCAUUUUAGUUUUGCUUUUGUAUCGAAGUACACAAAAAAUCAAAAGUAAUUCACUUUCUUUGAUUCUCGAUGUCGCCACACAGGAAUUCCUGCAGCUGCGUCAACAACAAGUGUGAAGCGAAGAAGAAGGGAGUGCAGUGCGGGAUCAACUCCUUUCGAAAGUGCUACAAGGUGAAUCUGAAGUCCCGCGUGGAGACCUCGGGCGCCAACGAGGACGAGCCGGUGUCAGGUGACGCCGAGGCGUCAGUGAUGUGACACCGAUCCCAGUGCAUCGAAAAAAGUUCUGACCGAUCACUUUUCAUUACAUAAAAUCUCGUGCACGGACGCAAACAAGUGAAAUCGAUAUACUACAAAACUGAAAUGACCUUCGUGACGGACUCUCUUUUGUAUAGCAUCUGCUGUUUGUCACCAUUUAUGCCUCAUCUGCUUCUUGUCCUAGUUUCAGUUUCACUAUCAGUUGCGGCGUCAGCUAGAGCCGAAUGCUCUUCGGACAAAAAUAUGUGUUGUGAAAGAUGCUCCUCUUCGUGCUCUUGACGAAGUCAAACUAUUCUUUUGCCUCUUCUAACGAAACUUUGUUGAUCCAGAACGAAGUUAAGAGUUGCGAGUUCAAAUCACUUGCGCUUUCCCUCAGCCUCGAGCUUGAUGCGCAAGCUUAAAUAAAUCAAAAUGAAUUGUAAUAAAACACCCAUCAGAUUGCUUGUCAAGCUUGAUAAACGCGGCAAAAAUGUGUGUGAUAUUGCAGCAUGAUAAAUCUAAAUCCUAUCUUCCCUAGUGUGUUGCAUGCACAGGAGCGACGUAGAUUUUCGGAGGAUGUGUUGUAACCAGGAAGAUAAUGAAAAUGCACUUGCUGACGAGCACAAGCAGAGAUGCCCGCAAGUGGUGCACCCGUAUCACCUGCGACAGCAGGUUCAAACUUUGAUCACUGCGUCCACUAUAUAUAAUUGGAUGAUCGGUUGAUUUAGAAAAAUAAAAUCAUACUCCUUUAGAAAAAUUGAUUAUAAGGCGAGAGCAUUUCGGUUGAGAAUAAGCCCAAAUAAGUUUCCCGAAACGUGGAUCGGGAUCAACACCAAGAACUGCAUUAAUAAUAAUAUCGUGAUGAAU